ACAGCAACAGCAACAGCAACAGCAGCCUGGCCACCUCCCCCCUGGAGGCCUCUAGCAGCAAGGUCAGCCCCAGCCCAUCAAUCUCCCUCUAGGUAGCCAGAUCGUGCUACAGCCCCAGCAAGCGCAAGCUCUGGGCCAAAACAUGAACGUGUCGAACCAGGCCCUCAACACCCAUGUACAGAAAGAAAGGUUUCGCCGCGAUACGAAGGCAUGGGGAGACGAGUCCGCGACGACGCUGCUUCUGCUGCGCGGCGGGUGGUUCAUUAGCACCACGCUGUCAAAUGACGCAAUCGCCCAGCUGCUGCGCAAAGUGGCCUAUCCCGACGCCGAAAUGAUCGAUUCGCUGAUGACCCUCGCCAACGUCGACAUCACCAAGUUCUCCCCACCUAUCCCUACGGGGUGGAUCCCGCAGCCACGCGACUUCUUCGUUCACCUCGAGACGUUCGUGAAAGCUUCGCCCUUCGCCGUGUUGGACCAUGGCACACACGCCGCAGGCGAACCAUCGACCGGUCGCAGGCAACAGUUGAAAGCCGAAGUCAGCCGCGUUGUGUCCAACGCCCGGGACUACCUCAGCCUUCAUUCAGCGGAGAUCACGGGUCAAGAAGCAGCGGUGAAGACGCGCCUGAUCACCGACACCAACACCGACAUCAACGAGUACCUCGGGAACAUCUCAGACCUUGGCGUCGCGACCCGCACCGACGACGACAUCUCCCCGCCGGCAGAUGACGACGUGCAACCCGUCGCCCCCCCCGCGUUUUCGCGGCUGCGCGGUCUCACCGCGGAAGGCAGCGCCAACGCCAUCGUCGGAAAGCUUAACAACGGCCUGGCCGGGCUCCCGCAGCCAUAGAAGAGGAAAGCGUCAGCGAGCAGCGCCACGAGCCGACAUACAGCAUCCCGCCCGCGGAUAACCGCCGCACCCGUCGCCAACCAACACGCGGUGGCGACACUGUCCUCGUUCCAGCAGGACCUCCUCACGUGGGGAACCCCCCACCGCGCGUGUCACUCCCACUGGAAAGGGCAAAAGUGCACCCGCCCGCACUGCAUCCUCAACCACGUACAGGUUCACCCCAGCGUCGCCCCCCCGGUCCGCCGCCCGAUCCGCCGCCCACAGCGCCCGCCCGGGCCCCCGCUCCCGCGACCGCCCUUGCUCCUGCCCCCGCCCCCGCCCCCGCCGCAUCACGCCCCGUGGUCGCCCGUUACAGCAACAACUACAGGCCACACGGAGCAGCAGGAACCAACUCCUGACAAUACGGGCCCCAUCCAGAGGUGAGGCCAACGCGGCUGAGGGGGGCGGGUGGCACCACGGUAUCAGCUUUUGUAGACAGGAGCAGAACCGUGGCGCUAACUGAAGCGCCUCUUCCCGGGCUGGUGGCACCGAACGUGUUCUACGGAAGCGAACACGGGACGAAGGGAACGAGCGAUGAAGGCGAAAGGCUCCUCAGGAUUAUGGAGCACGGCUCCCUCAACGCGAGCACGCUGAAGGGAUACCACAGCAAGUGGGACACGUGGACAGCUGAAAGAGCUAAAGCGAAUCUGAGUCCAUGGUUGUACGAAGAAGACGGUGUGGAUAGCGCAGUGAGAGGGCUGACUGUGUUCAUGGCGUCGAGGUGUUUAGUGUACAAGAACCAGAGCCAAACGGUGA